AUGCCUUCUCCAAGGCUUCGCCAUGGCCUCGUCUGGGCGACCGCCCUCGCGGCCGGCAUGGCUUCCCUGGUCGCCGGUCAGUCUCUGCCGGACCUUCGUAUCAUGCCGCUCGGAGACUCCAUCACCAAGGGCAGCGGGUCCAGCGAUAACAACGGCUACCGUAACCGCCUGCGGCAAAAGCUCACAACGCAAGGGACCGACACGGAAAUCUCGGUCGACAUGAUCGGCAGCAUGUGGCACGGCACCAUGGCGGACAAUGACCACGAGGGGCACAGCGGAGAGUACCUGCGGCAGAUCAGGACCUAUCUGCAGCGCUCGAUUCAAGCUCGCCCGAACGUCGUCCUCGUCCACGCGGGCACCAACAACAUGGACAAGGAGGUCGACCUCGGCGAAGCGCCCGCCCUCAUCGAAGGCAUCAUCGAUGACCUGCUCCAGGGCUCCCCGAAUACUGUCGUCCUCGUCGCGCCCGUCAUUUGGGCCAACGACGCUCGCAUGAAUGCCAACACCGAUCGCUUCAAUAAACAGCUCACGACCUUGAUCGCCUCCAAGCAGAAGGCCGGAGAGCACGUGCUCGCUGUGCCCAUCACCAUCGGAGCCGGCGACCUGUCUGACAGAAAGCACCCCAACAAUGCUGGGUACGGCAAGAUGGCCGAUGCAUGGUUCAAUGCCAUCUUGGAGGCACACGAGCGCGGCUGGAUCAAGGCCCCGGCCAAAGUGAACGCAGACGAGCUCUCGGGUAUGGGACUUGGCUGGGAGGAUGCGCCCGCCGGUGCUGGAUCUGCCGGCUGCGGUGGACGCAAUUUUGAGAGCAAGGGCCAAGUCUUUGAUGGCUUUCGCGUCUGGGAAGAGGUCGGCACCAUCAGAAGCCCUGUCGAGAACGGACGCCGGAACAAAGUCAUACUGGCAGACCUCAAUGGCGACGGCAUUUCCGACUACGUCGUGGCGGACGAUGAUGGGACCGUCAGAGCUUGGAUCAACGGUGGCAAGCCCAAUCAGUGGACGAGCAUCGGCAAGAUCAACCCCGACUGGUCGACGAUUACGGGCGACAUGGUGCGCAUGGCUGAUGUCGACAACGAUGGCAGGGCGGACUUGAUCGUCCUGUACUCGGACGGCGCUGCAAAGGUGUGGAAGAACACGGAUAAGUAUGUGUUCAAAGCCCUUGAUUCGCAGUGGGCUACCGGGCUGGCACCUCGUGAGAACGUCAACUUUAGAGACAUGGAUGGCGAUGGCUUCGCUGAUUAUGUCGUCGUAUACUCAGGUGGUGCUGUCAAGUGGGCAAGGAACACGCAGAACAACGGCAAGGAUCAAAAUAAGAGAAACUGGGAGGCAGCGGUGACUGUAGCCCCAGGUCCUCAAGGCGUGCCGGAGAAUCGCGUUCGGGUUCAGGACCUGGACGGCGAUGGCAAGGCUGACUACCUUAUUGUCUAUGACGGCGGCGCCGUCAAGUCCUUCCUCAACACUGGAAACCUCAACAGCAACGGAGAGCAACGCAACUGGUUGGAUCUUGGCACCAUCGUGCCCGGCGUCGGCGGCGUGACUGGCAGCAUGAUCAGGUUCGCCGAUAUGGACGGCGACGGCCAGUCUGACUUCUUGGCUGUGGCAGAUGAUGGCAGCAUCCGAAUGUGGAAGAACCUCGGUAUCGUCGGUACAAAGGGUGCCAGUCUACGUUUCGCCGACCUCACAGGCGAUGGCAAGGCCGACAUAGUCUCUGUCAACCACAAGGGCCGCGCAAGAGCCUGGCUGAACAAGGGACUCGGCGUCUGGGACGACAUUGGAGAGAUUGCGCCUGGUCUGGACGAAGAUUUGUCCUCUGCAACGAUUCACUUUGCCGACGUCAAUGGCGAUAAGCGAGCUGAUUUCCUCGUGGUCUAUGGAGAGGGCGGUGUCAAGGCGUACCUCAACAAUGGAAACCUUCCAGACAAGGGCAAAGACCGCAUCUGGCAGACAGGCCAAACCAUUUCCGAAGGUGUGGGUGAGCCCGGCCGCAAGGUUCGUUUCGCCGACUUGAACGGAGACGGCUAUGCGGACUAUCUUGUCGUCUUUGACGGAGGCGCUGUGGAUGCCUGGCUCAAUCAGAAGAACAUCCCGGCAACGAACGGCGGCCGAAUCUGGGGCUACAGGACCACAGUAGCUACUGGCGUGGGCGAGCCUGGGAGUAAGGUCCGUUUCGCCGACAUCACAGGUGAUGGCAAGGCCGACUACUUGAUCCAGUACGUCGGAGGCGCCGUCAAAGGAUACAACAACACGGGCAACAUCCCAGAUAUUGGCCGGGCGAGGAACUGGGCCAACAUGGGCACCAUUUCAACGGGCACCAGCCCCCAGGGUCCCGUCCGUUACGCCGAUCUGAACGGAGACGGCAAGGACGACUACCUUGUCGUCUUCGGAAGCGGUAUUGUUCAUGCGUACAUCAAUUCUUGCGACUGGCGUGCUCCUGAACCUGUAGGUGGCGGGGAAGGAGACGAAAUUGAUGGCGACUCGACGUGCGAAGAUAUCAAGAAGCACGACUCUGGUGUUGGAAUCUUCGAUGCACCGCUGUGGAACGACGCAGAGACGACUCCGUAUUGGUCAUCUGACAAGGCGCUCUUCUUCCUCCCAGGGUGGCUGUCGUUCGACUCGAAUGCCAACGAUGGCGUCCCACGAGCCUUCGCAAGCGAAUGGGGCUUCGACAGCGUGUCCUGCCCCAUCCUCGGUGAUUGCGGAUUCCCUAACGACUGCAGUGGCUAUAGCAAGAGCAAAGGCAGCGGUCGAGCUCAUCUCAUCAUGAAGUCGCUUGACAACUUACACUCUUACUACAAAGCCAUGUACCAGGCUGUCAGCUCGACCCUGGGUUAUUUCAACGCCAUGCAGCGCGUCUUCGAAGAAUACUACCCGGAGCCCAGCCUGGAAGACGUCGGCAUCAAGGCGCUUCUGCAGAUGACGGAACACAUCUUGGGUGUGGGAACUGCCAUGGCAGGUUCCGACACAGGCGAGUUGAUCGCGAACGGGCUGUUCUCUGCCGUCAGCGGAGUUGCCGAGAAUGCGUUGGAGAACAAGGACGAACCUCUCCGUUAUGCCGCCGAUCUUGCAAAGGUCGGCUUCCGAUACUUCAACAACAGCGCCGCCGCCAUCGAGACAAUGCAUAACACCCUUCUGAAGCAGGGCCAUUAUGAAGGACCUGAAGGAGCAAAAAUUAUUCUUGACGACGUGUUCAAGAACGGUGCGUGGCUCAACAGCGAUAAGAUUCCGAUUCUCAGCCAGAGUGAAAAGGAUGGAGUCCCUCGCAUCGGAACUUCCGAGUUGGCGAGUUGGUUCUUUGCCUUCCUCCAUGCCAGCAUUCUCAACUACUCGUGGAGGAAUUCGCUUGUCUUCAUUGUCGGCCACAAGAUGACACGGAAGGAGUUCGACGAUGGCGCCGCAGACAUUGACGAUAAUCUCAAGGCGUACCAUGACGGUCGGGGUUACUUCUUGCAGAGCUACGAGCCUUAUCGUUCACUCGGUAGCUGGGAGUUCAGAUCCCGAGACGCUCCUGGUUACAACAUUUUCCCCGAGGGAAACGGCCUCACCUUCAGACUGAAGCAUUCUGACGCCAUCACCAGCUCUGUGGAGACGCACAACAUGUUUGGCUUCAAUUACACGGGUUCCGUUGUACUCGAUGAGAUCCUGACCAAGCCCAACUGGGAUACCUGGAGGGACUUGAAACCUGACCUCCCAGGAACCUUUUCCAUACCUGUUGGUUUGGUCGAUGAGGCGGAAGAUUGGAACAGCGGGGUGGAAUAUUUCCUGACGCGUAUCAACGACCCUGGCGAAGGUCCUCACGACGGUACACUCUUCUGCGAAUGCAAGAACAACGAGGACAAGAACGGAAAGCGAUUCAUCGACCAGCUACGUUAUGCUGACGAUCUCAAGCGCGCAUGCUCGCCUAGUUGGGAUCCGACGGAGGGCACUGGUUAA